AAUGGGUGCAUGCUGUAUAUUAAUAUGUAUGAUAGCAUCGGGGUGUUACGGCAGCGAAGCGUCGCAGUUUCCGUCAAGUAAUCUGUUUGCGGCGGCGGGGGAUGGAAUAUGGGAUAACGGAGCGGCGUGUGGGAGGCAGUAUAUGGUGAGAUGCAUAAGUGCAGAGCAACCCAAAACUUGCGUUCCUGACCAAAGCAUUCAGAUCAAGAUCGUUGAUUACGCCGACACUGCGGUGUCGCCAUCCUCAGCUGGCGGCACCACCAUCGUUCUCUCCGACAAGGCUUUCGGGACUAUUGCCAAUACUUCUGCCACCUUGAUCAAUAUUGAGUUCCAGCAGGUGUGAUAUACA